AUGACGCGAGAGGAACCCCUGCUCGCCCGCCCUGCCUCCCCCAACUCGUCUACCCACGAUAUCGAAGAGGAAGACGCACUCCUCACGGGUCAACCCACCGAUCGGUCCCAUGAUAAAAAAUAUCGAAAAUGGAGGGAAAUCGGCCUCUUCGUCUGGGCUCUCCUUGCAACUGUCGCCGUCAUCAUUCUAGGCGUUGUAUAUCAGCAUGAAUCCGCAGUCGCACGGGCGCGGCCUAGAACGGGAGGAUGGGGCCCGGAUGGAAGACCAACUGGCAAGAGAAAUAUGAUUUUUAUGGUUUCAGACGGCAUGGGACCAACUUCGUUGUCAAUGACACGGAGCUUCAGACAAUUCACAACCGGGUUGCCCAUAGAUGAUGUUCUGAUUCUCGACAGACAUCACAUUGGCUCCUCCAGGACUCGAAGCACCAGCAGUCUGGUGACCGACUCGGCGGCUGGCGCCACUGCCUUUUCAUGUGGAUUCAAGAGUUAUAAUGGUGCCAUUGCGGUCCUACCGGAUCACACUCCCUGCGGAACAGUCCUGGAGGCUGCUAAAAGAGCCGGUUACAUGACCGGACUAGUCGUGACUACGAGGAUCACUGAUGCCACCCCUGCCUGCUUUGCUGCCCAUGCAAAUCGAAGAGAAUAUGAAGAUCUCAUCGCAGAACAAAUGAUAGGUCACUAUCCUCUCGGUCGCGUCGUGGAUCUGAUGAUUGGUGGCGGAAGAUGUCACUUCCUGCCCAACACAACUGAGGGUUCGUGCCGAGCUGACGAUAAGGACGUCGUGGCCAUGGCCAAGGACAAAUAUGGCUUUACCUACGUUGACAACAGGAAAGAUUUUGACAAUUUGAAGGCUGGUGAUGUGAAAUUACCGUUGCUUGCCUUGAUUGCAGACACGGACGUCCCAUAUGAAAUCGACAGGGUGCACGUCGACGACAUCUAUCCAAGCCAAGCCGAAAUGGCCAAACUCGCGCUUAAAGCCUUGUCAGCAGCCACGAAGGACUCUGAUCAGGGGUUUUUCCUUAUGAUCGAAGGCUCUAGGAUCGAUCACGCGGGACAUUUCAAUGAUCCGGGCGCCCAAGUGCGCGAGGUCAUGGCCCACGACGAAUCCUUCGGUGCGGUGCUAGACUUCCUCGAAGACGACAAGACGGAGGGUAUUCUUGUGUCUACAUCGGACCAUGAGACGGGUGGCCUCGCUGCAGCUCGCCAAUUACAUGAAGCAUAUCCGGCAUACCUGUGGUUCCCCGAAGUUCUCGCCAAUGCAACACACUCCACCGAAUACCUUGCGCGCACGUGGAACGAGUACACCUCUUCCAAUGCUGAUACUCCACGCAAGGACAAAGGGUCCAAACUCCGCGAGCUGGUUACGUCCAAUUUGGGCUUUUCGGACCUCUCAGAGGAAGAGAUCGACGCUGUCAUAGACGCCAAGCCGAUUUGGCCUCCCUUGUACCACUUCUCGGACAUGAUCUCCCGCCGCGCACAGAUUGGAUGGUCUACGCAUGGUCAUUCGGCGGCGGACGUGAAUAUCUACGCCUCUCACCCGAGUCACGCACCAGGAUUAGUGGGGAAUCAUGAGAAUAUAGAAGUGGGGGAGUUUAUUGCAAAGUAUCUGGACCUCGAUCUUGGAGUCAUUACAGCAGAGUUGAAAGACAAGAAGGUCAAGACUUCCUCUCUGGGUGAAGAUACGGAGGAGGAUUGGGGAGAGUGGAUGGGUCCUCCCGGCCUGCCAGUCAACGAGGACGGAAGCCUCGUAGUACUGGACGCGUAUCACGGGGAUUUCAAGCAUAGGAAACGCGAGGCCGAGGGAAUUGCAGAUUGCGGAUGCGGCAUGAAGCACUAG